GGGCGACAACAUGCUGUAACAUGUUACGGGAUGCAUGAAUUGUCGGCGUGCCUGGGAUACGACUACCGGUUUAAAAACUGCACGCAUCACAUAAACGCAAGCGUCAUAUGAAUUUUUGUAAAUUAUCCUGACGCGUUCUGGCUCGUCUGGCGUAGAUUUGUGAGCUCGCAUUUAUCCUUUAUUCCGUUGUUCGAUACAUUUUGUUUUCAUCCAGUCUUUAGACGCGUUAAAAAGUUUAUCUGAUUUUUAUAUUAAUUACUGUAUUGACGAUGCCGCCGAAGCGAAAAGUUAUCGCUAAGAAAACUGCGCCGAAGAAGGCUGCGCCUGUUUCCGCAAAAACACGCGGAAAACCUCCCACCAAGAAGGCAACUGCUGCGAGUGCCAAGAAGAGCGCCACCACAUCCGCUGCCCAACCGGAUGUCGACUGGUCAUCUUUGACAGUGGCCAAGUUGAAGGAAGAACUGGAAGCGCGUGAUCUCGACACAUCUGGGAAAAAGGCCGAUUUGAUAAGACGCUUGGAAGAGGCGGACGAAGAUGAAAGUGGCCCGUCGACGAAGAAAACCAAAGCCUCGGAUGGUCAGCCGAAAUCCGUGAUCCAGAAAGCUAUCGAUAAACUGAAAAAGUCCAAUAAAAAUAAAGCGGCUGUUUCCUAUAAAGUGGACACCCUGGCGGCCAGCCAGAAUCCGGGAAUUUAUGCCGGAGUGCACGAGGAUUACUCCUUUAUGCUGAACCAGACCAAUAUCGGGAACAACAAUAAUAAAUUUUACGUGGGUCAGCUCCUGCAUCGGAACGAUGGGAAAUUCGACGUUUUUACAAAAUGGGGACGAGUGGGUGAGCCCGGCGCCGUCCAGUUUCUCGGCCCAUCUGACAUUACCGAGGCUAUUCAGGCGUUCGGGAAAAAAUUUCACGAUAAGACCGGCAAUAAAUGGGAAAACCGGGAUGACUUCCAACCUAAAUCUGGUAAAUACACUCUACUGGAAAUGGAAGCCAGUGAUGAAGAUACCAGUGCUACCGUGGCCGUUGACACUUCGAACCAAAUUGUUGGUGACCCCAAAGCCAAGUGUUCCUUAGAAGAAGUGACCCAAGAUUUGGUGAAUCUCAUUUUCGAUCACGAUAUGUUCAACGAUGCUAUGCAGAAGCUGAAUCUGGACACGAAAAAGAUGCCGUUGGGUAAAUUGAGCAAAUCCCAAAUUGCGCGAGGAUUUGAAGUUCUGGAGAAAAUUGAAAGCGCACUGAAGGAUGGAGAUGCGACAAAUGCUACGUUGACACAGCUUUCCAAUGAGUUUUACACGGUUAUUCCGCACGACUUCAAGCGGUCGCGUCCGCCGGUGAUUGACAGUCUGGGCACGGUGCAGGAUAAAUUCGACAUGUUGGCUACGCUGGGCGAUAUUGAAAUCGCCCAGGAAAUGCAGAAGAGCCAGAAAGGCAGCAGUCAGAAACACCACCCUUGCGACAUUAAAUACGACUUGCUGAAGUGCAAACUGCAUUUAGUGGAUUCUUCCAGUAAAGAAUUCAAGGUGAUUCAAAAGUACUUCGACAGUACGAAAUGGAAUAACAGCAACAUGAAGUUGAAGCACAUCUGGGAAGUGGACCGCGAAAGCGAAGGCCCCCGCUUUAAAAACCACAAUACCAUCCAACACCGUAAACUAUUAUGGCACGGCACCAAUGUGGCCGUCGUCGCCGCCAUCCUGAAGACGGGUCUGCGCAUCAUGCCGCACAGUGGCGGUCGCGUGGGUAAAGGCAUCUAUUUCGCAUCGGAAAAUGCCAAAAGUGCCGGCUACACUCGUCCGGCGAAGAACACCGGUUUGAUGUUCCUGAAUGAAGUGGCAUUGGGGAAUGAAUGGGAAAUCACCCAGGAUGAUUCUAGUUUGGUCUCAGCUCCCAGUGGUUAUGAUUCCGUAGUGGCGCGCGGUCAAGUUGAACCCGAUCCUAAAUUUGAUGUGAAGUUGAAAUUCGACGGACAUGAAGUGAUCAUUCCGCAAGGCAAUCCUAUCCAGCAGGGCAAAUUCAACCGCAGCAGCUUCAGUCAGAGCGAAUACCUGGUAUACCGGGAAAGCCAAGUCAGAAUACGUUACCUGCUGGCAUUCGACUGGGGAUAUCCUGGAUUUUAAGAGUGGUUUGCAGAUCGUACUAUUGCUUCUCGCACAGAUAGUUGCAGCUUUUGUCCUUGUGAAAGAGAUUAUGAUAUAUCAUAAUUAUACUACUAAUCGCAGUGUUUCACAGAUACAGUGUAUAUGUUCCGUUACUUCCAUAUGAGUUGCCUGUUUUGAUUAUCCUUCUUAUUUUAUUUUUUCGUGUUCGGUUAUACGCAAAACUUUAACGACAUGACUGUUAGAUGACGGGGUAUAUGGCUUGGAAUUCGGUUACGAGUUGCGUUUGUCGAAUUAUAAAGCAAGCUACUUGAGUGG